AUGCAGCCGCCCCCGGAUGAGACCCGCAGGGACGCGGCCGAGGACACCCAGUGGUCCAGGCCCGAGUGCCAGGUAUGGACAGGGACGCUGCUGUUGGGCACAUGCCUGCUCUACUGUGCCCGCGUCAGCAUGCCUGUCUGCGCCGCAUCCAUGAGCCAGGACUUCGGCUGGAACAAGAAAGAGGCCGGUGUCGUGCUCAGCAGCUUCUUCUGGGGCUACUGCCUGACUCAGGUGGUGGGCGGCCACCUGGGGGACCGGAUCGGCGGUGAGAAGGUCAUCCUGCUCUCAGCUUCUGCCUGGGGCUUCAUCACCGUGGCCACUCCACUGCUCGCGCACCUUGGCAGUGCCCACCUGGCCUUCAUGACCUUCUCUCGCAUCCUCACGGGCUUGCUCCAAGGGGUUUACUUCCCUGCGCUGACCAGCCUGCUGUCCCAGAAGGUGCGGGAGAGUGAGCGAGCCUUCACCUACAGCACCGUGGGGGCCGGCUCCCAGUUCGGGACGCUGGUGACUGGGGCUGUGGGCUCCCUGCUCCUGGACUGGUACGGCUGGCCAAGCGUCUUCUAUUUCUCGGGCGGGCUCACCCUGCUGUGGGUGGGUUACGUGUACAGGUGUCUCCUGAAUGAGAGAGAUCUCAUCCUGGCCCUGGGCAUCCUAGCGCAGGGCCUGCCCGUGUCCAGACACACCAAGGUGCCCUGGAGACAGCUCUUCCGAAAGCCUUCUGUCUGGGCAGCCAUCAUCUCCCAGCUCUCGGCGGCCUGCUCCUUCUUCAUCCUCCUCUCCUGGCUGCCGACCUUCUUUAAGGAGACCUUCCCUAGCUCCAAGGGCUGGAUCUUCAAUGUGGUGCCCUGGCUGGUGGCCAUUCCUGCCAGUCCGCUCAGCGGGCUUCUCUCUGACCAUCUCAUCAAUCAGGGUUACAGGACCAUCACCGUUCGGAAGUUCAUGCAGGUGAUGGGCCUUGGCCUGUCCAGUGUUUUUGCCCUGUGUCUGGGCCACACGUCGAGCUUUUGUAAUUCUGUGGUCUUCGCGUCAGCCUCCAUCGGCCUCCAGACCUUCAACCACAGCGGCAUUUCCGUUAAUAUCCAGGAUCUGGCCCCUUCCUGUGCUGGCUUUCUGUUUGGCGUGGCCAACACAGCCGGGGCCUUGGCAGGUGUAGUGGGCGUGUGCCUGGGCGGCUACCUCAUCGAGACCACGGGCUCCUGGACAUCUGUGUUCAACCUGGUGGCCGCCAUCAGCAGCCUGGGGCUGUGCACCUUCCUUGUGUUUGGGAAGGCCCAGCGGGUGGACCUGAGCCCCGCCCAUGAGGACCUCUAG